AUGCCUAUGGAUGAAUUUCUACCCGAAGACAAUUAUGAAGAUGGACCAGUUAAUUUGGUUUCUCCUCAAGAAAGUCGAAUGAUAGAAUUUGUUGAUUCCUCAGAUUAUUGGGUUGUUCAGAGGAAAGAGUUAGCUGAUCAAAUGUGGGAAAGAUGGACUGCACGUAGACGUAGACGCGUAAUUGAUACAGCAUUGCUAAUAUUUGAUCAUAUGAAGGAUUUGAAAUGUGAACCAGAUACUAUCACAUUCAAUACAGUUUUAGCAAUUUUGGGCCGUGUUGGUCGUGUCGAUGAAUUGCUACAUCAGUUUUCUUCAAUGAAGGAAACCGACAUGGUGCCAAACAUAGUCUCUUACAACACAUUAAUCACCAGUUUGCGAAAACUGGGAAGGAUGGAUCUGUGCUUAGUUUUCCUGCAAGAAAUGUGUGAAAGAGGACUUAAGCCAGAUCUCCUUACCUAUACUGCUUUAAUUGAAGGAUUUGGGCGGCUAGGGCAUACUGAGGAAGCACUGAGACUCUUUGGAGACAUGAAAACAAGAGGUGUACGUCCUUCUAUAUACAUUUACCGUGGAUUGAAGAAAGUAAUGGCACCUCAUCGGAGUUGGGUAGAAGCUGAAGAUAACGUAUUGGUUGAUAUAUUGACGGAACUUACGCUCGAUGGCAAGUGGAAAAGUGAUACCGGAUUUAAAUCGGGCUACUUGAAAGUUAUUGAGCAGAAACUAACUGAGAAACUACCAACUUGUGGGUUAACUACUACCAACAUCGAUUCUAGAAUCAAGACUUUGAAGAAACAUGCGAUGGCCAUCAAUGAAAUGGUAACUAUUGGCAGUGGGUUUGAAUUUGAUUACAUAAACAACAAGCUUGUGUGCGAAAAAAGUUUAUUUGAUGACUGGGCUAAGUCUCAUACAAAUGCAAAGGGACUGUAUGGGAAAGCAUUCCCUCAUUUAGAUGCAUUAGUUGAGAUAUUUGCUGAAGAUAGGGCAAAUGGUAAAGGGGCUGCUUCACUUGCUGAAGAACUAGAAGAGAUCGAGAAAGAAGGCGAACAAGAAAAGGAAGAAGAAAAUGAUCAACAACAAAGUAAUCAGUCCGAGUCAAAUAGUGGUAAAGGUAGAAGGAAAAGGGUACGUUCAUCAUCCUUUGGCAUUGUAUCCGGUGAAUCAAGUGGAGAUUCAAAUGGCCUUAGUUUGAUGGCUAAUUCGUUUAGCAAAUUUGUGACGGGUACACUUGAUCACUUUGAAGCGGUUCGUGUGUCCCUUGCUCAAGAAGCCGAUGUCAAUAAACGCUUGUUUGAGGAGUUGAAUAAGAUAGAUGGGCUCACUGAAGAUGAGGUGAUAGAUGCCGCAUCUAUUAUUCUCGAUUCAUCUACAAAAACAAAGGUUUUCUUCGGCAUGGGGGAAGAAAAACGAUCCAACUAUGUGAAGAACAAGAUUCUUAAGUAA